GCCGAUGAGUGCAAUGAGACGUUGUUCACGUUCCCGGCAUGCAUUGUGAAGCAGGGAGGUAGCCUGGAGAAAGCUGUGGCACGAGCGCAGGGCUUCCCCCCUCCCGCGAGCGCGCGCACACACACACCGACCGAGGAGCGGACACACACUCUGAGCCUCUCCUGACCAUCACCAGCACCACCAUGAACUACCUGCGCAGGCGUUUGUCGGAUAGCAGCUUUGUAGCCAACCUGCCCAAUGGCUACAUGAUGGACUUCCAGAGGCCCUCCAGCUCCAGCAGCUCCACCAGCUCCCCAGCCUCACCCGCCACAGAGAGGAGGCAGCAGCCUGCUCAGCCAGCCCAGCCAGCCCAGCCCCAGGCCCCACCUGCCGCCUCUGGCAGUUUCCUCAGCUCUUUCUCCAGCGUGGUGAAAACAGCUCAGAUAGCCAGCGCAGUACAAGCCAAAGCUGCAGCUCAUGGGGAGGCUGCCUCCGCUGUUGCGCCAACAGCCAGCCCUGCUGCUCCAGCCAAACCUGCAGUCCGCAAACCCAAAGUGCUGUUGGUCAUCGAUGACGCACACACAGAUUGGGCGAAGUAUUUCCGAGGCAGGAAGCUGAAUGGAGAGUACGAGAUCCGCGUGGAACAGGCUGAGUUUUCAGAGAUCAACCUGGCAGCCAAUGUCAACGCUGGGUGCACAGUCGACAUCCAGGUUACACGAGGAGGCACCAAAGUCGUCAGGUCUUUCAAGCCAGACUUUGUCUUGAUCCGCCAGCACGCCUUCAGCAUGACCCCAGGAGAGGACUUCAGAAGCCUUGUGAUUGGUCUGCAAUAUGGAGGCGUGGCUAGCAUCAACUCCCUGCACUCCAUCUACAAUUUCUGCAGCAAACCCUGGGUUUUUUCCCAUAUGGUCAAACUCUACCACACCUUGGGGCCAGAGAAAUUCCCACUGAAUGAGCAGACUUUCUUCCCCAACCACACACAGAUGCUGCCCACUCCAGUGUUCCCAGUUGUGGUGAAGAUGGGGCACGCCCAUGCAGGCAUGGGAAAGAUAAAGGUGGAGAAUCCGAACGACUUUCAGGACAUCACCAGCGUGGUGGCUCUUGCCAAAACGUACGCGACAGCUGAGCCCUUUGUGGACUCCAAGUACGACAUCCGGAUCCAGAAAAUUGGCAACAACUACAAAGCAUACAUGAGAACCUCUAUUUCAGGGAACUGGAAGGCUAACACGGGCUCUGCUAUGCUGGAGCAGAUUGCUAUGACAGACAGGUAUCGUCUGUGGGUGGACUCGUGUGCUGAGAUGUUUGGAGGUUUGGAUAUCUGCGCUGUGAAGGCCGUACACGGUAAAGAUGGCAAGGAUUAUAUUAUAGAGGUGAUGGACAGCUCCAUGCCUCUGAUUGGAGAACAUGUGGAGGAAGACAGGCAGCUCAUCACUGAUCUGGUCCUCAAUAAAAUGGCCUUUGCCCUGCUUGGCAUCACUUCUCCCCAGCCCUCCUCUGUUAAGACACAGCCCGCUCCACAAACAGCCCAGCCAAGACGAGCUCAAGGAGGUCCUCGCUCGGCCUCUGGUUCUCCAUCUCAGUCUGCUCAUGGCUCUCCGCAGCGAGCCCGCUCAGCCACCACCUCACCCAGUCAGGCCUUCCAGCCCGGCCCUAUCCCAGCCUCUGGCUCUGCAGGAGCCUCUCAGAAACAAGCACCACUGCUCAACAAAUCACAGUCACUCACAAACACCUUCACGGAGACGCUGAGGAGCAACCCCACAGAUGAUGAGGCCAAAGCCGAGACCAUCCGCAGCCUCCGCCAGUCCUUUGCCAGCCUCUUCUCCGACUAAUCCACGCAUGUGCACAUGCAGCGAUCAGCACUUUUGGAAUGAUGAUGUUCUGAUGGUCAGCGGAUUCGGGGUGGAGUUUAAAGGAGAGGGAACUGACUGACCUUAUGGCUGUGUACUGUAGGCUAAUGUUUAUGUCACUGUUAGGAUUGUGGUUAGUUGUUUUUUAACCUAUUUUUUAAACUGAACCCCCUUAACCAGCCCUUUGAAGUAUCAGUCUGCAGACCCAGUAAUCAAAGCCUGUGUUAGUGGAUAUAAACUUAUUCCUCAGACAAACUUACUAGAACCAUAAUAAUUAAAAACGUCCACAUUCCUUUCUUUCCACUUAAUUUUAGCCAAAUUUCUGUAAAAAUAGUAUAUGUAUUAAUCUCAAGUAUAAUUCAGACAUAUGUCUGUGAAGAGAUAUUAACACUACUGUAAUGUUUAUGACUGCACAGGAUCAGAGAUCUCUGCAUAAAUUACAGAGAUGAGGGCAUCUACUCUCUUCACAUUGUUGUCACACCAGAAAUACUUCACAUGUAAUAGCUUCCACUAGGCCUGUGCGAUAGGGCAAUGUAAUGGGAUAUCAUAACUGAGAAUAACCCAAUGACGCUCCUUAAAAGGCGAUAUUUACUGUGAUUGGAAAAUGACGGAGAACUAGACAGGACUAAUUUACCUUAAAGCUUGCUAUAUAAUAUUAAAUAAUAUGUACACGUGAUGUUGAAUUGACUAUUCCUGUCAAAAAGUUGGGUUGUUGUAUGGCCUUAAAAAGCUGUUACAGCAGAGUAAGUUCCACCCUGUUGCUGCACGAGUUUCCCGGAGGUCAAUUCACUGUCUGAGAAAACUUUACAACAUUUUUCAUGUUGCUGUCUUUCACAAAUAAAAUACUACAUUCUUUUCUUAGGGCAUCUGUAGCUAAAUACUACAGUGACUCAAGGACAAUACCUCAUUUUUGACCGGUAAAGUACGUGGACAUGGCUUUGGAAAUCAUUAGCAUGUAACUCACCAUGAACGUACACCAGAAGGAGCUCAUCAAUGCUCGUUUGCAGUAAUAACGACUAUUAAAACAACAAGUGAAGUAGUUUUCAGACGUUGCUGGGUUAUUCAAUAGUGUACUAUCUAACAUGUGAUGCUUAUUAAAGCUUUUCAUUAAAGCAGUUAAUGCUUUAAAAAAAAAAAAGCAUACGAAAUAAAAAUAGAACAGAAAGUAAAUAUAACCUGCAGCGCACCGUGUGUGUUGGUUGGUGGAGGGGAGUAGACACUGCCUAGGCUUGCUUUCCUCUGCUCACAAGUAGAAACGGUUACUAACAUUAUUUAAUCUUUUCAUAUGAAUCAUCUACCUGGCAAGCUGUUGUUCGGUUAUACUCCAGACCUUAAUAUUCGGCAUCAUACAUUUGAUGUAGGUCAACACGUCUUGGCCUGAUUUGGACUGCAGAGAAUAAAAGUAAAUGCUUCUCUUUGUGCCUCCGUGCAAAAUCCCUUUCCUCAGAAAAUGAUGGAAUAUUCAUCAUAUUCACCAUCACGUAUUGAUUGAUAUAUUAACGUAAGCUAUUUCUGUGAUUCAUUUAAACAGUAAAAAGGUUUUUUAAAUUACUGACUUGCAUAGGACUAAAAUCAAAGCUUAAUCAGUGCUAAAGAGGAAUUCCACUAACAAUUAAAUUACCCGCCUCCUCAUGUACAACAAAUUGUUCACAGAUGGUACUUUAGUGUAUGCAGUGUGUUAAAUGUUGCAAACAGCUCUAAACAAGCAGUCAAAAAGCUCUCCUUAUUUGCAGUUUGUGGACAAAGCCAUUAUUUAUGAUUAAUUAUUGCAAUUUAUCAUGCAGACUGGCUGAUAUAGUACGUAUAUCACGCAAUAUACCACAGUGGGAGUACGGGAAUGCUUUUUUCCAAAACAGAUCAGUCUUCCACUACAAAUGAAUCUUCCCUUUAUAAAUGAAGAUGUACUUGACAUUGUAUUUAUUGUAAAUACUAUUCUCUUGUUUUUUUGGGGCAUUUUGUAUGUUUAAUUUUCUUUGCUGGGAAUCUCCGACAGUGACGUGAUAUUCAAGGAAAGAAUUCGGAAAGAUUAAUAACAAAACAAAAAAUAAUACUUCUAAUAUUUAAUUAAUUAAAGAAAAAAGUAAAAAGGUAAUAGUCACCUAGGGGUCAAGCCUGGAAGCCAUCAGUUCAUUUACAUACUAAAUGUUUAAGCAGAAUGAAGCAAAAGGAUUAUUGCUACCUGUGAUUCUAGGUGUCAUAUUUGCCUUAUUGUUUUGUUGAAUUUUAGUAUUGUGCAAUAUAAAAAACGUAUUUGUGACCACGGCUUAUGAUUUUGCCUGCAAUGAGUAGCUGAGUUUAUUUCUAAUUCCUAACUGAAUGGACCAAAUUCUGUGUUUGCAGGAAUGCCUAAUGUCAGUGUGCUCAGUCGGUUUCCUCUGUCACUUCCAGGCACAUUAUUAAGUGCGAUGAAAAAGCCAUAAAGUAGAAAUGAGGAAUGGUUUUGUGAUUGGAGGUUUUCUUCUCAUCGGUAUCAGUCUGUUCAUAUUUAUAAGCAUUCAGCAACUUCAGACAUGCAUAGCUAAGUUUCCUUUCUUAUAUAGCUGAUAACAGCAUAAUAGAUAUGUUGAGAUGUACAUAAUGUGUAGAGUUUUGACAAGUUCAUGGACGUCUCCCAGUAAACUGAUGUAAUAAGUAAUGAACUCAACCUCUAUUAAAGGAAUAGUCCAACUCUUUUUAAUCUAAUCUCUAUGCUACACAUCUGUUGCAUGCAGUUGAUUAGCAGCUUAGACUGUAUUUUCCCUGCGCUUAGAAAAUCGAAGAAACUCAAAAUACACUUACAAAAAGAAGCCCAUAGGAAGAGGCUGCGUCACCUGCCCUCGGUCAACGUGGCCUAAAUGUGUUAAUCAGUCAUGUACAUGUGGCAUAUAGAAAUUAGAUUUAAAACCAUGGGAUUAUUCCUUUAUUUGAAUUGAAUAACCUGUUUAUUUAUUUGCAAUUGUAUGUAAAAGUUUGGGUAUCCCUAGACAAGUGAUAGAGUAAUAAAUAAUAAUAAAAUAAAUAAACACACACACAAAAAAAAACAUUUUUUCUGCAAAUGUUUAUGCACAUCAAAUUAAUAUUUGUUCAAGUUUAAAAGGAAAAAAUAAAAUAGUAAUUGUGGCUGCGCUCAGUUUACGUAAAAAUUACUUAAUGUAGUAACAAACAAUUGAACUCUAGUUUAAUUUUACUCAGAAAGACAAUUUGAUUGAAAGAAUCCUUCAUUCGAAGUUUAUUUUUAUGUAGAAUCAGAGGAAAUUUUUUGGUUAAAUUGUUAAACUUUUAAAGUUUGGCUGCCAAAUCAAUGCAGAUCUUUUUUGUGCGACAAUACUGCACAGUAGAGCAGUGCACCACCACUCCUGUGUGAGCUGCAUCUUCCUGCAGGUCCUUUGGUCCUUUUAUCUGAGAGUUUUCUUGGACUUCCAGAUCUUACAUUAAUUUCCACAGUUCCCCUUAACUGCCAUUUCUGAAUGACUUCAGGCAGUGGACACUGAGAGCUUUUCUCUAAGCCACUGGUUUAGAGGGGCCUAUAAUUGAGGCUUAGCACAAGGUUUGAAAAGUCAGAUAAUUUAUUAAUUUAUUGGAUUUGUCAUCAGCUGACAGUUCCUAAUGACAAUGAAUUACCAGUCCUAACGUGUCUGUUAAGUUCUGAGGAUUUAUACUUGGAAAGACGUCCAUACGUGCCACAAUUACUAUUUCAAAUGAAUCAGAUAUAAUGCACUUCACAUCCAAAAUCAACAAAAUGCCAUUUGGCCAAAUUUUACAUACAAGUGUAUGAAAUAUACAACAUAGCCUUUUAUUUUACCGUCCAGGGUAAUGAGCAGUGUUCUUUAAUAAGUACGUAUAACUGAUAUUUUUCCUUAUCUGACAUGUGAGUGUAGUCAUUAGACAGGGAGAUUAGGAUUAAAACUGAGGGAUAGCUGUCCAUUAUCACUUGACCUGCGGUCACUGGGCUACCUCACAUCUCCUAUCUCUCUGAAUGCAAAUAACUCUGUCGUUUACACACAGCGCAGUAAAAGCUAAGGCUGCAUCCACAGCAGAACUAUUUCUUUUUGCUUUCAUUUUUAUUGAAGUUCCCGAAAAGAUACCUUGAUUUUAUUGAUGUCAGACACACUGAAUUUAGUUCUGUUACAUAUGAUGCAUAACUGAAUUCAUACAACGAAUACAAUACAACAAAAUAUGUGACAUAGUUCGUUCACAGACAUGAAGCAAAAACCAGCCGUUGCUGAUCAUGAAGCAGCUUCAUUUGCAGCUUCAUCUCAAGAUGAUUCCAGACUGAUUAUAGCCAAAUGAGCCUGCAAUGUACACACAUUUACAUACACGUCACAUCAUACAAACAAACAGCGAGAUCACAGACAAGCAUUAACGGCGAUCAUGUGUUUGUCAUGUUGCAGUGAGUGUUUGCAGUGUUGUGGUUUUAUAUUCAGUAACUGUGGCAUGAUUAGGACUCUCUGGUGCCUCUGUAGUGUAGUUUACUAAUAUACAUCAGUGUUUCUGUCUGAAUGCUUUGUGUAUAGUGUGCGUGACUACAUGUGCUUUAAUGUAACACAUGCCCUUUUGUUACUGUUUCGGUUCUUUGUUUUGGUUAAUGGAAAUGCUAUUAAAAUGGACAGUGUUUAAUAUA